AUGACGCCGCUGGGCAUGCGCGUCUCGACGUACGCCGCGACGUGCCGCGCGCCGAGCGACGCGCAGCUCGCGAUGGAAAACGCCGCGGUCGAUGCGCGCGAGGAAAACGCCGGCGGCGGCGCGUGGACGCGCGGAGGAGGAGGCGGCGCCGACGCGUCGACGACGACGACGGAGACGGAGACGGAGACGCCGCCGACGCGUUGCGUGACUCCGGAGUCGAGCCGCGGAGGCGCGAGGACGGAGGUCGUGGGGACGCUCGACGUGCACGUCGGCGCGCGCCUGCCCGGAGAGCUCUUAGAAGGGAAGCUGCCGUCGCCCACGGGAGCGCCGCUUCCCACGGAGGAGGACUUCGCGCCGUUCGACGACGACGACGACGGCGGCGGCGGCGGCGGGUCCGCGGAUCCGUUCGCCGUCGCCGUCGCCGCCGCCGCCGCGUUCGCGAACGGCGGCGACGGCGUCCUGCCGUGGGCGCCGCCGGCAGCAGAAGAAGACGGAGACGGGGACAUGGACACCGGGCGCGGCUACGCCGGCGGCGGCGCGCUGAACGGCGAGCGCGCGUAUCUCUUCAACGUGUGCGUCGCGCCGCACCGCCGCCGCCAAAACAUCGCGAGUCGCCUCCUUCGCGCGGCGCACCGCGGGCUGUCGGACGCGGGCGUGAAGUACGCGUACGUGCACGUGGAGCUCGGGAACGUCCCCGCGAUGAGGCUGUACGCGCGCGAGGGGUACGCGGUCGAGACCGAGGAGAGCGAGUGGCUGGCGGGGAAGCUCGGGAGGUCGCCGCGAGCGCUCAUGGUGAAGACGUUAUCCGACGAUGGAUGA